AUGUCAUUUCUUGCAUUCAGGGUCGCUGUUUUCUUAUUGGCUCUGUCAUUUGCCACAGCUUCAACUGUCAAUUUUGUGAAUCAAUGUGGCAACGGAAUUGAUGUUAUUCGAACUGAGAAUGGAGCCGCUCCUGUAGUACAAUGCCAUUUGGAGCGCGGUCAAAGAUGCAGUGGAAGCUUUGGAAGCAACGGAAUGAACUUUAAGCAGGGUUGGCAAGGUAUGUAAAACCUAUUUUAUUGAGCUAAAUUGACGUUUACAGGCCGAACUUUAGCUGAAUUCACGUUCAACGGUGGCUACAACAACGAUUACUGGGACUUGAGUGUGGUUGACGGUUUUGAUGUGGGUAUGGUGCUGGAAGGAAAUGGUAUUACUCUGGUGUGCCGUGAUAGGUAAGGGAUUUCUAAAAAGUCAAUUCAUAAUAUGUUACAGAGGAUGCCCAGACGCUUAUCAACAUCCUGGCGACAACAGUAAGACUCAUGGUGGUCCAAGUGGAGUCACUUAUACCUUGACUUUUUGUGGCUGA